AUGUAUUCCUCAAAUCCUUUUCCACAGCUUCCCUCAUCUACCGAUGGCUUCUCUCAUUCCAAUUCUUUCUUUUAUCAUGAAAAAGAUGAUGUUCAGUAUAACUACUACCGGAAGAACGACGACCCAUUUAACUCCGGCGAAUUUCUUUUUCAUCCCUACAACAGUUCUACUCCUCCCCCGGUCAUGGAGAAUGUUACUACAAUCAAACAAGAUUUUGGAAGGCAACAGCAGUUUUCUGAAGGAUCAGGGUUGCAGUGUUCUGAAGAUCAUGAUCUUUUAGAUUCAGUAAUUUCUCCGUACAACAAGAGAUUAGCGACCUCGAAGAAAGAUGGACAUAGUAAGAUCUACACAGCUCGAGGCCCAAGGGAUCGAAGGGUGAGAUUAUCCAUUGAGAUCUCACGAAAGUUCUUCUGUCUUCAAGACUUGCUAGGGUUUGACAAACCAAGCCAAACCCUUGAUUGGCUGUUUUCCAAAUCCCUCACAGCCAUUAACGAGUUGGUUGAAGAAACAAGCUGCUCAUCUUCAACAGUCACUGAUCAAUCCAAACUUACAUUUCUGGAAACCAUUAAUGGCGGAUCAGAAAAGAAACCAGUACAACCCAAGUGUGUUAGUAUCAAAAAGAAGAAAACGACACGAAGAUGCAAUAAAUCUGGAUUUCAGGAGGAUCUUGCUAGAGACCAAUGUAGGACAGAAGCAAGAGCAAGAGCUAGAGAAAGAACAAGAGAAAAACUGCUUGUUAAAAAGCUUGAUGAUGACUUGAAGACAUUAUUUCCUGAUUGUUGUGAUUCAGCAUAG